CCUCUCCGUAACAGUGUGAGCACGCUAGCCAUUCCCAUCAUAAUACAUAACUUUUACUGCGAAGCAGUGGAGGUCAAAGGACAUGACAAGCCUACCUAAGGCAGUUGAGAUAUUCAAAGACGGAAACAUGUAAACUGACAUAUUUAAUUUAUUCGUACAUGGGAGAUCAACACACAAGACGAUAAAGGAUACAACCGAAGCCUUUUUGGCAACUGGGGAGGACCAGUGGAUUGUGUGACAUAUCAAGAUGAAAAAGAAACACAAGCAAGAAAAAAAGGCAAAAAAGGAAAAGAAAAACAAAAAGGGGAAAGACAAUGGAUAUUCGGAAGACGAUUUGUAUCUGUUUGAAUCAAACGAAGUUCACAGUGCUAGUACUCCAAAUAUUAAGAAUCUACCGGAGGAGAUUGUUCCACUAAGGCCAGCCCAGCGCACAAAAAGUCUCGAUGAGCUCAGGGAAGAGGCACAAGAAGUAACAGACAUUAUGAUGGACAAUGUCGUUAAAAUUAGAGACAGGGAAGGCAAACUCGACGAUCUCUGUGAAAAGGCGGAGAGCCUGAACGCUACGACUGAGAUGUUCCAGAAGACGUCGGUGUCGAUACGAAGAAAACAAUGGUUGAAAAAUAAGAAACGGACUAUAAUGCUUAUUGCUGCAGGUGUCUGUUGCUUAAUUAUUAUAACUAUAGUACUAAUGAUACUUUUCAUUCCUUAGUUAAUAAUAAUAGCACUUCGUGUCUAAUUUUAGUGUUUAGUUUUUAGCCUUCUUCGUGAAUCUGCAUCACACAUUAACAAUUCCAAAUCGUUCAUUACAUUAAAAAAUCUAAAUUCAGACAGCUUAUUAAGGCAUAUGUAUUAUACAAAACACAAAGCUUUUCUAGUUUUUAUCGGGAAAGAAAAUCUUUCGAUUUAACCCCAGUAUUAAUAUUUCUUAAACUAAUGAAAUACUUUAACUAAAAACUUUUUCACGUGAGAGCAUUAAGUCUUUAGAUUUUUUUCUCGAAUGAAACAAUUAUUUCCUAUGGGAACAUCUAUAUAAAGGAAAUUCCUUCAGUUAAGGGGGGCGCUUAUGAAACCGAGCGCCAGAAAAUCUACUUUUUGGAGAGUACGAAAAUAGCAUUUGUAUCCGGUGACGUCAUAGUGACAUCAGUGACCUUUUCUACCCUGUGUUGAUUCAUUCGAUAAAAUGUGCAAAUUGGUAGUUAUCAUUUUGUAGAUUAGUAAAUACCCAUUAUGCUUAUUGUCUUUUCAGAGGGGCUACGACUUCUUUGUAGCAUAACAUUACAUCUAAAGAUAAUCGAAUGACUAAUCUUAAUUUGGUCCAAUCACUGCAUGAUGGUGUCGCUUGAAUGUGUUUAAAACCGAAUAAUUUUAUGGUUAUUGUAUAUUUCAUGAUUUAUCACGCCUAAAGGACUUCUCUUUAAGAUAAAAUGAUUUUUUUUUCAUGAUAACUUCAAACAUAAUAUAUAUCUAAAAAAUAUUUUAGGAUAAUAUUUUCAUUCUAUGUGAUAUUAACAAUCAAAUGUAAUAUUUGGAUAAGAAAGUUUUAAUGAAUAUCAAUGUGUUACCGACCACGCUACAAUAUACAUUUAAUUAUGUCACAAACUCAUUUUUUUAAGAAUUGUGUUUCAGUUUAACUUUUAUUUGGCGUAUUAUAUACACGGAAUCAGCAUAUCUCGCAUUGUAAUCAUCAAAUAAAACAUGACGUUUCAUAAAGUA